GUCACAAUCAGUUGGAAAAUAGUUUAGCAACGAAAUGAAAUAAAACCAUGGAAGAAGACGAAGUUCCUAAUUCGCAUGCAAUGGAUGGUACUGUAGGAAAGAAGUUUAGUGUAGAAGCGUGCAAUAUUCUCUGGGAAUUGCGCAAAAGUGGACAGUUAUGUGAUGCAAUCAUAAAAGUAGAAAACAGAGAAUUCCCAAUUCAUCGAAACAUCAUGUCGGCCUGUAGUCAGUAUUUCAGAACACUAUUCACAAAUGAAUUGUUCGAUACCAAUACCCGGGAAGUGGUCAUCCCAGGAGUUUCUGCCGAAAUUAUGAGUUUGAUAAUCGACUUUGCAUACACCAGAGACGCUGCCGUGACGGCAGAAAACAUCGAGCGUCUUUUACCCGCCGCGGACCAGUUUCAUGUUAUGGGCCUGGUCAAACUUUGCUGCGACUUCCUUAUCUCCGAACUGACGCCGGAAAAUUGCAUCGGGAUACGGAGAUUCGCGAGAACUUAUUUUUGCCACAAUUUGGAAAGAGCUGCCUUUCGAUAUCUGAUGUUAAAUAUCGCCGAUGUCUUAACCUUCAGUAAUGAGUAUCUACAACUGGAUAUCGAUGAAAUUUGCGAUAUUCUAUCCUCAGAUGAGUUGAACGUAAGAAACGAAGAGCUCGUUUUUGACGCCGUCUUGCGAUGGAUCGACUACGAUCACGAUACAAGGAAAGAAUAUAUUGCCCGACUAUUGAAAACUAUUAGGCUCGGGCUUUUAACCACCCAGUAUUUCGUGGAAAAGGUCAAAGUUCAUCCAUAUAUCAAAGACAAUGAUUCUUGUAAACCUGUCAUCAUUGAAACUCUCAAGUUUCUUUACGAUUUGGACAUGGAUGAAGAUAAAGAACUAGAUCUAAAUAAUCCAUUAGCCAAACCUCGCGUACCACAUGAAAUCUUAUUUGUCAUCGGUGGGUGGAGUGGCGGAUCUCCUACAAAUCUUGUAGAAACGUACGACACGCGGGCGGAUCGAUGGAUCAUCUGUGAUGCUGUAGACACAGGUCCUAGAGCAUACCACGGCACGUCAACUGUCAAUCACAUCAUCUACGUCAUAGGAGGAUUUGAUGGCGUAGAAUAUUUCAACAGCGUGCGCAGCUUUAAUCCGAUGACCAAAGAAUGGAAAGAAGUGGCGCCAAUGAAUGCCAAGAGGUGUUAUGUCAGCACCACUGUUCUGGGAGACCGUAUAUACGCGAUGGGGGGAUAUGAUGGCCAGAUGAGACAGAAUACUGUCGAACGCUUUCUUCCCACCAAAAACCAGUGGAGUUUUGUGUCACCGAUGAACCACCGGAGAAGCGAUGCUAGCGCCACCACGCUCAACGAUAAAGUGUAUAUCUGUGGAGGGUUCAACGGUCACGAGUGCCUUAGUACCGCGGAAGAAUACGACCCCAAUACCAAUCAGUGGACACUGCUCGAGCCUAUGAGGAACAGGCGCAGUGGCAUAGGCGUCAUAGCCUAUAAAGAGGAAAUCUACGCCUUAGGCGGCUUUAACGGAAUCACCCGAAUGAAUACGGGAGAAAAAUAUUGUCCUAAAUCCAAAAGAUGGAAGACCAUUCCGGAGAUGUUCAAUCCAAGAAGUAAUUUCGCCAUCGAGGUGAUUGAUGAAAUGGUGUUUGCCAUUGGUGGUUUUAACGGAGUAACAACCAUCUUUAACGUUGAAUGUUACGAUGCCUCUACCGAUGAAUGGUACGACGCAACAGAUAUGAACUUGAACCGAAGUGCCUUAAGCGCCUGUGUAGUCAAGGAAUUGCCGAGUGUUCAGGAUUAUAUACACAAAGAAAGAUAAAAAUUUUUAU